AUGACUGUCACAUUGUAUGAUGGAACAGGUGUUGGUGCAACAUACUCGAGGUUGAUACCAAGUGUGAAGAAGAAAUAUGACUAUGGAGUUUUGAUAUUUAUAUUAACAUUCAGUUUAGUAGUAGUAUCAGGUGUUAGAGCAGACAAAAUAAUGAAGUUGGCUGGAGAGAGACUGUCCAACAUUGUGAUGGGCUUUGCUGUUUGCAUAUUUACAAGGUGCUUAGAGGAAUAUUUUGUGAUAGCCAAUGAUAAGGAAAAAAAGGCAACAAUUGACAUCAGUGGAUGCAAAUCAGUGAUGCACUCCAAGUCUAGUGAUGAGUCAUUGGCAAAUUUUGCAAAGUGGGAACCUUGGCAUGGAAAAUUUGGAUUUUUUUAUCCAUGGGAGAAGUAUUUGAAUAUUGGAGAAGUUUUAAGGGAACUUGCAGCAAUGAUCAUCUCAUUUAAAGGAUGCAUUCAAUCAGUCAGACAGUCGUCCCCAACGGAAAGAGACAGCAUAAGAGAACCAUGCGAGAAAAUAGGGUUGUCACUAGCAACAAUUUUGAUGGAACUUGGAGAUAGCAUAAGAGACAUGAAAAGAUGUCGUGCCAAAAGUUUGAUAACACAAUCCAUGAGAGAAGAGCUAAGCCUCCUUGUAAACUUAGACAAUAAUAAUAAUUCGACUGAUAAUGAAAGUACUCUUGGAUUGGCCAGCUUUAUUUUUCAAAUUUUAGAGAUGGUGGACAAGGUUGAAUUGUUGGCUACCAAGGUGGAAGAACUUGGUGAAAUUGCUCACUUUCACGACAAGAAACUUGAUGUGUGACUAUAAUGUCUUUGGU